AUGCCCCAACCAAACCCACCAAAACAAGACCAAAACCCAGCAACCGUCAUCGCCAACCCCCGCCGCCUCCUCAUCCUCGCCCCCUCGCAACACUCCCACACCACAAUCCCCCCAUUCCUGCACUCCCUAACCGGGUCCCCCGUUAUCGAUCCCCCGACCUCGACCUCGACCUCGACCCUCGACCAAAACCACCCAGACACUGACCCCAAUACGCCGCCGCCGCCGCCGCCGCCGACGACGACUACAUUCGCAGGCUACACAACGCACCCCCCACUCCGACUCGAGAAUAGGUAUUAUAAAGCCGAGGUGCCGAUUUGGGUUGAUGAGAUCCCACUUUCUUCUUCUGAGAAUGUGAAUGCGAAUGCGAAUACAGAUACAACUACAGAUACACAAAAUGACCAACCGGAGCUAAUAAACCCCCAAGGACAAACCCAAGACCAAGACCAAGACCAAGAACAAGAACAAGAACCCCUCACACCAAGGACAUGGCGGAAGGAAUUCUCCGGCCCAGAAGCGAAGGUCGUGAGGGAUGCUAUCGGGGGCGUGGUUAUCUGCUUGCGUAAUUUGGAUCUCGUAUCUCCGUCUACUCCUACAGAAGCAGAUGUGGAAGAAGGACCGGAGUGGAAGGGUCUGCAGACGUUCCUGGAAGCCAUUGGGUUGGUUGUUUUGGUUGGUAGGGGGAGGGAGUCCGGUGCUGCUGCUGGUGCUGCUGCUGGGGACGCGGAUGAGGUCGAUGGCUUGGCGGAGGAAGAGGUGUUUUCGGUUCCCUGGUGGGAGGAUAAAUUGUUUGAUCUUGGGUUGGUGGGCUUUGAGGUUGUUAAUUGGGAUCCUAGGGAGGUUGCUGGGGGUGUGGAGGAGAGGGAUCGGUUUGGGGAGUAUCAGGGUAUGCGAAGGGUGAGGGAGAUUCUAGAGACGCAUGAUUGGGCUUCGACGCCUGCUGGGGAGUCCGAUGGUGUGGGCGAUGUUGAGGAUGAGCUUGAGAGGCAUUUGCUUGAGGAUGGGUUCGAUUUGGAGGUGAAUGAGCUGGAGCGGGAGAUGGUUGGGCUGCGGUUUGCGAUGGAGAAUGGAGAUGACGAUUUAGGCGGGAUUGAUGGAGACGAUGAGAUGAAGGUUGAGUCGAUGGAGGCGUUGAUGUUGCGGAUGAAAGCUAUUAAAGACAUGAGUGAUGAGUUACCGGAGAGCGAACGGAAACGAUUUGCGGCGAAAGCUGUGCGAGAUAUCAUGAAGGAGUUGUAA